CGUUUUUGUUUCAGCAUUUUCUCAGCUCUAGGAACCCCAUUUCUCUCUUGGAACAUUUUGCUUUCCCCCAUUAUUGGGUUUUUCAGAUCAGAGGAUUUUAGAAAACUGGGGGAUGGUUUCUUGCUUCAUGAGAAUUUGAGAUUUGCUGUGCCAACACCUUGAGCUAUGUUCUGCUGCGGAGGUGAGGAGGAUGAUUACAAUGGUCCACCAGCAAACCAAAGUCAAGCCCCACCUAGAGGUGGCAAUCCAUAUGGCCCUGGCAGUGGAGAGCCGAAGAGUUCCAAUGUAGUUAAAAGUGGUGGAGCUCCUCAGAAAGUCCUCCCCAUUGAAAUUCCAGCUAUCCCAUUAGAUGAGUUAAAUAAGUUGACUGAAAAUUUUGGACAAAAAGCUUUGAUUGGUGAAGGUUCUUACGGCCGGGUUUUCUAUGCCAAAUUAAGAAAUGGACAGGCUGCAGCAAUAAAGAAGCUGGAUACCGGUGCUUCUCAAGAACCGGACAAUGAUUUUGCAGCACAGUUAUCAGUAGUUUCAAGACUUAAGCAUGAGCAUUUUGUGGAGAUGAUGGGAUACUGUUUGGAGGCAAAUAAUCGAAUCCUGGUAUAUCAGUUUGCAACAAUGGGUUCUUUGCAUGAUGUAUUACAUGGGAGGAAAGGUGUGCAGGGAGCUGAACCAGGUCCAGUUCUAAGCUGGAACCAAAGAGUGAAAAUUGCCUAUGGUGCAGCAAAAGGCCUUGAAUUUUUGCAUGAGAAGAAUCAGCCACCUAUAGUUCAUAGAGAUGUCAGAUCAAGCAACGUUCUCCUUUUCGAUGACUUUUUGUCCAAAAUUGCUGAUUUUAGCUUGACAAAUCAGUCCUCUGACACGGCAGCUCGACUGCAUUCAACUAGGGUCUUGGGUACCUUUGGUUACCAUGCUCCAGAGUAUGCUAUGACAGGGCAGAUAACCCAGAAAAGUGAUGUCUAUAGUUUUGGAGUCGUUCUUCUUGAGCUCUUGACAGGGAGAAAACCAGUUGACCAUACAAUGCCUAAAGGACAGCAGAGCCUUGUUACCUGGGCAACUCCAAGAUUGAGCGAAGACAAGGUGAAGCAAUGCGUGGAUCCCAAACUAAACAACGACUACCCACCAAAGGCAAUUGCCAAGCUAGCAGCAGUUGCAGCCCUUUGUGUUCAGUAUGAGGCAGACUUUCGUCCAAACAUGACAAUCGUUGUCAAAGCUCUUCAGCCUCUUCUCAAUGCGAAACCCGCAGGACCAGAGCAUCAAGCAUGACAUAUAUAUGUACACAUCUUAACCAUAAAACAGCAGACCUUGACUCAUGUAAUUUGCAACUUUUUGCAUCUAAGUAUGUAACCCUAGGAGGGUUUAUAUUUGUUGACAACAGUGAUUAGUUCUUGAACUAGCAUUGUUCAGAAAGUUUAAUAGAUUGUAAAACAUUUU